CACUCCGCUCUCACCACCGAACUGCUCUCUCUCAUCUGGAGGCUGGUCUGCUCUUCUUUGUCUUUUGCCUUUUUAUACAAUACACGAUCUGGAGUCAAGUGAGAGUGAGAGAGAUAGACAUAGUGACAGCUUGAAAGCUACAUCUCCCAACCUGCUCUUCUGUACAGACACAUCGAGAUCAAGAUGGUGCGAAACGCUCACAACCCUCUGCUGUUUGAAUGCGCUUGGGAAGUAGCGAACAAGGUUGGUGGUAUCUACACCGUCAUCAAGACCAAAGUUCCUGUGACGGUCCGAGAAUUUGGCGACCGAGUAUGUCUCAUUGGACCGUUAUCUUACAAGACCGCUCCGAUGGAAGUCGAGGCGGAGGAGCCUGAACCCGGUAGCGCCUUUGCUCACACUCUUGAAGCUAUGCGUGAAAAGGGCGUCAAGAUGAUCUAUGGAAGAUGGCUGAUUGAAGGUGCCCCUCGAGUCCUUCUGUUCGACACUGGAAGUUGUUACAACCGCAUGGACGAAUGGAAGACUGAUCUUUGGAACCUCGCUGGAAUCCCCACACCUCCGAAUGAUCACGAGACUAACGAGACUAUUGUCUUUGGAUACAUUGUCGCUUGGUUCUUGGGAGAGUUCUCAUCCCGAGAAACCAGCAAGGCCAUCAUUGCCCAUUUCCAUGAAUGGCAAGCUGGUCUCGCCAUCCCCCUGUGUCGAAAACGACACAUUGAUGUGACUACCGUCUUCACCACCCACGCUACACUUCUCGGUCGUUACCUCUGCGCUGGAAGUGUCGACUUCUACAACAACCUGCAGUACUUUGACGUCGAUCACGAAGCUGGAAAGAGAGGCAUUUACCACCGUUAUUGUAUCGAACGAUCCGCAGCUCAUUGUGCGGACGUCUUCACUACCGUCUCCCACAUCACGGCCUUUGAAAGUGAACACUUGCUCAAGCGUAAACCAGACGGCGUUCUGCCCAACGGUCUCAAUGUGAAGAAGUUUGCUGCCAUGCACGAAUUCCAAAACCUGCACAUCCAGGCCAAGGAGAAAAUUAAUGACUUCAUUCGAGGACACUUUUACGGUCAUUACGACUUUGAUCUCGACAACACAAUCUACCUCUUCACGGCUGGUCGAUAUGAAUUCAGGAACAAGGGUGUUGACAUGUUUAUCGAGUCUCUUGCCCGUCUAAACUACCGACUCCAGAACCAAGGCUCAAAGAUGACAGUCGUCGCCUUCAUCAUCAUGCCUGCUGCUACCAACUCGUACACUAUUGAGGCGCUCAAGGGCCAAGCCGUCACUCAACAAUUGCAGGAGACUGUGAACCAAGUUACCAAGCGGAUCGGAAAGCGUAUCUUCGAGCACGCCGCCAGGUACACUGGGGAACACGGUACCGAAGUGCCAAAUGCCGAGGACCUCCUCUCAGCCGAGGACAAGGUCUUGAUCAAGCGACGAGUCUUUGCCCUCAAGCGAAACUCUUUGCCUCCGAUCGUGACUCACAACAUGGCGGACGAUGCCAAUGAUCCGAUUCUGAACCAGAUCCGACGUGUUCAACUGUUCAACCGAUCGACUGACCGAGUCAAGGUCAUUUUCCACCCCGAAUUCCUGAACUCUAACAACCCCAUCUUGCCAUUGGACUACGAGGAAUUCGUUCGAGGAUGUCAUUUGGGUGUCUUCCCGUCGUAUUACGAACCUUUCGGAUACACGCCCGCCGAGUGUACUGUCAUGGGUAUCCCCAACAUUACCACCAACUUGUCUGGAUUCGGUUGCUUCAUGGAGGAUCUCUUGGAGAAACCAGAGGACUAUGGAUGUUACAUUGUCGAUCGACGAGGUCAAGGUAUCGAAGAGUCUGUCAGCCAACUCACCAACCAAAUGCUCGACUUUGCUUCCAAAUCUCGACGAUCUCGUAUCAAUCAACGAAACCGAACUGAGAGAUUGUCAGAGCUUCUCGAUUGGAAACAACUCGGACUGGAGUAUGUCAAGGCCCGACAACUGGCUCUCCGACGAGCAUACCCCGACUCGUUUGACGACGACGAGCCCGACUUUACCGGCGUGCAGAGGAUUGGCGCACCUUUGUCUGCUCCAGGAAGUCCCAGGAUGAGAACUGGAGCCAUGACCCCGGGCGACAUUGGCACGUUGACGGAGGAGAUGGAGCACCUUGGCACACAGGACUACAUGGGUGCAAAGAGCUGGCGAUCCAUCAAUGACGAAGAGGAGGAUGAAACCUCUUAUCCCUUCCCACUAGUCAUGAAGGCUCGUAAUCGAUCGGACUCAUUUGGAUCCGCCUUCUCUGGGGUUUCUGGACAAGCGACACCUCACGGUGGACGAAGAUUGUCCGAAAAGGACCUCGCCAAGGCCGAUGCAGCCCUCAGCAGCGUUCAGGCCAAUGGGGACGAUGGAGAUAGCGAGAGUAAUGGUGUGAACGGGCACUAGGCGGAGAGCCGUGCUGAGAGAGACGUGGUGAGGUGUGACAGGGGCGAGUAGCGUGGAAUAUACCUCUGAUAUGGGCUCGCUUGCCGAUUCCCUCCCUUGCUUUUCAUUUCUGUUUCUUGUCUCUUUUUAAUAUCUCAUUCUGUCCUGACCUUCCCCUUUAUCGACCGCGAUUCUUCUACCUUCGAAAUAAAGCCUUUAACGCUUUGACAGUGUGACGUUUCGAUGACUCGUAUGCCAAGUAUGCAAACCAAUGUGCAGGAAUGAA